AAGUUACUUUACAAACAACCAGUAUAACAGAACAAACAAUACCUAAGAAUCAAAUUAAGUCUCGUUGUGCUCCAUUUUUGAACCAGAAAAGAAUUUCUCAAGGACUAGAAUCGAAUAUAAAAUUUCAUGGUGAUGACGUGCCUUUAGGUCCACAAAGAAAUUGGAAAGAAAGUUGCGAAAAAAUAUGUGUUAAAAAAGAAAAAAUAGUCAAAAGUAAAUUUAGAAUGAAUCAAACUGACAUAUAUGGGGAAACUUGUGAAAAAGACAAUAUUGCUGAUCGGCCUAAAGAGAAACUACAAAAAGAUGAUUUUGAAAAUAAAUCAGAAGAAGAAUUAUCAGAAACAUCAUCAUCAUCUGCUACUUUGAUAUAUAUGAAUAAUCCUCUGGAAAAGAAGAAAGAAGAAGAAUUAUCAGAAACAUCAUCAUCUGAUACUUUGACAUAUAUGAGUGAUCCUCUGAAAAAGAAGAAAAAGAAAAGCCCUUACAGGGUAAAAGAUUUUCAAUCAAUUCCUGGACAGCUUUCUAAUAAUAUGCGCUCAAAAAAGAGCACCUCACAAUUUAAGAAUGACAGUAAACCAAAGACUGAAUAUACUUCCAAAGUAAAUGAAAAGAAUGUUACUUAUGUUGCAAAAAAUAUAAUAAAAGUUGACUCAAAAAUAGACAUAAAUGGAAUUAAGGAAGAUAGACCAUUUGGCACAGAAAUGACAUAUAGUCAGCACAGAAACAUCUCAAGUGUGGAACCAAAUUCAGGAAAUUUGUUUCAAUCAAAUUGUCCAGGAAGCCAUUUGGGUGGUCAGCUUAUUCAGUCUGAUAAUAUGAAAUCAAUUAUCCAAGAAGAAAAACCUGAAGUUAUUUCUCCCAGAAAAUGUAAAAAGAAAACUAAACAUCUAGAACCCUUAGACGAGAACAAUUAUUACAAUGACUACAACUGUACAUAUGAGCUAAGUGAUGAGAUGGACUCCCUUUCAUAUUGGGACGAAGUCUCCAGAAUGUACCUGGAUGAAGAACUUGGGCAAGAUAUACAAAGAUACAGAAAUGAGUUAAGAAUGUUGCAAUCAAAGGCCCGGACUUGGGAGAAAGAAAAAAUACAACCACAAAAAGAGGCGGAAGAGAAAAAGCAAAAGCAUCAACAGAAGAAAAUGGAAACAUUGAGAAGACAAGAUGGUGCUUCAAGGGAGAGACACCAUCGUGGUAAAGAUGAGGGAAAUAAAAUUCCUGGGAAAGAAAUGAUCACUUUUUCCGAGGAAUAUUUAGCUUUUACCCAAAUUUUAACGAGGUAAGUUUAUCAAAAUAUUUAACUGGAGUAUGAUCAAUAUUAACCUUUAUGGAAUUUAUAGUAUGUUCAGUUUACUCUAAAAAUUUAAAUUCAGAUUCAUUCUAUAUCCACUUGUUUUUUGCUGAGAAAGAAAUUAAGGUCCCAUGAAUGUAUGUUAUUCUAUUGCUGUAAGUAUGAUCUUUUAUUUUGGAACAGUUACAUCAGUGUCUAUAGGUAGCAUAUGGGAAAAAAUAGCAUAUAAUAUAAGAUAUGGGUGUCAAGGAGCAAAACAAAUCGUUUGCAAAAGUUUGCAAAUUUAUCAAAAGUGCUAAUGAGAUAAGAAAACGGGCUUACAGCUACUCCAAAAGUUAGAUGAGUUCUCUUAGUCAUUAGAAAGUUUCCCAUCAGUCGAAAUGUUCAAGAGUGAAUCAAUUUAAGUGCUUAUCAUGAGCCAAGCACUAAGGAUCCCCCCCCCAAAAAAAAAAAUCUAGAUUCUAAAGAAAUUUAAUUAAAAUUUUUUUAAUUGCAGACCUACAAAUCAUUGAAAAGAUCUAGUCACCAACCCACCACCAUGUAAAAUGUAACUGAGGAAAGAAAGGUUGAUGUCCUUUCCAGAUAGCAGAAUAAAAAAGGGAAAUUGACAGAAACGUAGACAGAUGUGCUCACAUAGUCAUUGUUUUAUAAGGCCUUCUAGUGCUCAUAUGGCUUCUGGGCAGGCUGAGGAAGAGCAAAAAAGCAGAAAACAGCUAUUUGCUGCCCCAUCUAAAAAAAUCAUAAGAUGGUAGAUGAGCCAGGCAGGAAUAUGGUAAAGAGGGUUCACAAUUCAUGUUGGGACUGUACUUACUAGACCACCUCGAAAAUUCCAAUUCCUAAGAGUUAGAAUGUGGAAGUGUUAUGGAUUGACAUUUAGAAAAUAGAGAAUGUUUUUUAAAACAAGCCCACAUUUAUUUUUAUUAACUUAAAAAAUAUUUUAACAGCCUUAAAAAACUUAUCCUGAAAUAAUUAAUUUCAAAAUUAGAUAAAUUCAGGAAGACAAUACAUAAACUACUUGAGAGACACUGAAAAGGGCAUCUGUUCCUGCUUCAAUGCCAGUACUCACAUAUUGUGACCUCAGUUGCAUGCAUAUAUAUUGCUACUUCAGUUAGUGGGAAGUAACCAUAUUACACUUAUUUGUAAGUUACAUAGCCUCACAAGCCUUACAUAGAUUUACAAGCCAGGAACAAUUGGGAGAAAGCUUCCUUUUUUAAAAUUUGUCAUCGUUUACUUUCAAAUCAGCCUCUUUUUGCAAGAUCUCUCUCCUCACCCUUCUAGUGAAAGAUCCCUAAUCACUACAUCAAUAUCAUAUGCAGUGUUCCAUAUUGAGUAGUCCUCCAUCCUGCAAAAAUAGGAGGUGGUACCCUCAUAUCUGGACCAAGCGUGGACAUUAUAAUUUCAUAGUAUUCAGUUGCAGUUAUUUUAUUGUCCUUAAUAAUUUAUAUUGAUGUCCUGGUUACCUUUAUUUCAUUUUGCAUUAAUUCAUAUAAAUAUUCUCAUCCUCCCAUUUAAUAUUUCUAAACAUACACAAUGGUGUUCCAUUACAUUAACAAACCACAAUUUGUUUAGCCAAUCUUCAGUUGACGAGCAGCUACUCUAUUCCUGCUUAUUUGCUUCUACAAAAAGUUGUUGCUGUGAAUAUUUUGGUUUUUAAAACUUUUCUUGCCAUUGAGGUAUAUGUUUAGCAGCUGGAGAGAGAAUAAUAAUGCUAAAGCACCAGAGAAAUUACUAUUCUUUGGGAAAGUUUGACGAAAAGGGAAUCUCAAGAGGGUAAGUUACAAGCAAACAUUCUAUUUUAAUGCUGUGAAAUCUGUGAAUAAAAUAGAUGCUGGAACAAAUUGAUAUCAAGAAUGAUUACAAAAUGUGCUUUUUUCUACUAAAUUCCUUCUUUGAUACCUUAUCAAAGUAGGAAAGUGAAGGUACCUAAAAGCUACAUGAACAAAGCAACAGGUAGGUUUGUGAGGUCCAUUCGAGGUAAAUCAAAAGAACAAUCUUCCUGCAUUUGUGUUUAUUGAUUGCUCACUGUUUUUGCGAGCAUGCAGUCUCUCUCUCUCUCUCUC